GGAACGUUGCUUCCAGGGGAUACGCUAAAAAUGGCGCCGCGGCGACGCGAUGAUGUCACAAAGAUGGCGGACGCUGGAGGGCACCCUUACUGAUUCGAAAUGUGCUUAGCGAUUUGAAGCCACGAGAACGCAUUCCUCCUCGGAUUCCUAGUCUCCUGGCGAGGACGCCCUUUUCCUUCUGUCUUUCAAAAUCACAGAUGCCUAGUUGCUGCCCGUGACCACGAACAGAGGCAGCGUCCCGGGUUGAUUGUUACAUCCAAAGGUGUAGCCGGCUCCCAAUCGGUUUCUAACGAGAAUUCUCCUUCAGAAGAGAUUCGUUCUAAGAAAAGGAAGGAACCGCGAGACUCUCCAACUGCCCGCGGAAGGCAAGUUUUGUCUCGCAAAGUUUUGGGUCCAAGCGGCCCGUGACGGAUACUCAACGGUCUUCCACCUCACGGCGCCACGAUACUGCGCGUGCGCAAGCUCCUGUCAAACGUUUUUCUUCCGAGAAGAAAAACGGCGGGAGCCGCCGGUAUCAGGUGGAGCAAAAUGGCUCGGGAGAAUGAGAUGCAGGAGUUCACCCGUAGGUUCUUCCAAGGCCGCCCGGACCUCAGCACGCUUACGCACUCCAUCGUGCGGCGGAGGUUCUUGGCUCACGCGGGCCGCGACCACCUGGAGCCCGAGGAGAAGCAGACGCUGAAGCGGCUAGUGGAGGAGGAGCUGCUGAAGAUGCAGGUGGAUGAAGCGGGUGGCAGGGAAAAGAGGCUCGACGUUGCCAAGAAGGCCAAGAGGUCUCCCAUCCCCUGCCGUGACCCAGCGAGAAAAAGGUUCCGUUUCAAUUCGGAGUCAGAGCCCAGCUCUGCAGCCUCCAGUCCAGACUGCUUCGGCCUCCCAGCAAAGAAUGGGAUGGCAGCAGAAGUCAGUCCAGCCGAGGAUGAGAAUCCAAAGCGAGCCUCAAAGAAAGCAAUUGAGGAGAGCAGUGACGAGGAAGAACAGCAGAGGGACCUGACUGCAAAAAUGGGAUUAGAGAAGGAGGAGGUGAAGGGGAGCAGUGAGGAGGAGGAAGAGGGCUCUGCCAGAAAGAGUAAGGUCUGGAAAGAAGAAAGCAGUGAGGAAGAGGAAGAUGAGAAAAAGGAAGAGAAGGAGGAGGAGGAAAAGGAGUCCAAGGACAGGACUAGGAAGAAGCCUGGGACAAAGAACAAGCAGGCACCAGGCAAGGCCUCAGCCAGUAGGAAACAGGCCAAGGAGGAGAGUGAAGACAGUGAGGAAUGUGCCCAGGGGCCAGGAAAGAAGGCAAAGGGAAAGAAAGGAGCUAAAAGCCACCAGGAGAGUGAAAAGGAGAGUGAGGAGGAGGAGACCCUAGCCAAGAAGAAAGAGAACAGAGAGGAAGAAGAGGAUUGGAAACUCACAGCCCAGAGCAGUGGAGGUCAAAGGUCCUCCUCUUUGGAGGAGAGGAGCUGUAAGCAGAAAAGCAGGGCAUCAAGACUGCUGGGAUCCCCGGGGGGACAGGAGGAACAGAAGGAAAGAUCAGCAGCAGGCAGUGGGAAUAGUAGUGGGGAAGAUGAAGAGCCCCUAGUGCAGAGGAAGAGCAAAGACAAGACCCAGUGGAAGGGUGGGAAAAGGCAGAGUGGAAGCAGUGAGGAGGAUGGGAAAGACAGCUGGAGGAAGAUGACGCCAACUACUGGAAAGACAGCCAACGUGGGCAGUAUCAAUGGUGAGGCAAGUGACUCGGAGAAGGAGGUGAGUGACAGCGAGGCAGAGGGAACCCCCAAGAAGGAGAGGAAGAACCGCUCUUCCAAGAAGAGCUCCAAGAAAGGCAGGACACGAAGCUCCUCCUCCUCUUCCACAGAUGGCAGUCCAGAACAUAAAGGCAGGAAGGCUGGCUCUGGUCGCCCUGGUGAGGACCACCCAUCUGUGAUGAGGCUAAAGCGCUACAUUCGGGCCUGUGGGGCUCAUCGAAACUACAAGAAGCUGCUGGGCUCCUGCCGUUCACACAAGGAACGCCUGAGUGUUCUCCGGGCAGAACUGGAAGCCCUGGGCAUGAAGGGUAACCCUUCCUUAGAGAAGUGUCGGGCCCUGAAGGAGCAGCGGGAAGAGGCAGCUGAGGUAGCCUCCUUGGACAUUACCAACAUCAUCAGUGGUUCAGGCCGGCCACGCAGACGCACAGCCUGGAACCCUGCAGGAGCAGCAGCCCCACCAGGGGAGCUAUACUGCAGGACCCUGGACUCAGAGGAAGAGCGGCCCCGCCCCCCACCCCCAGACUGGUCACAUAUGCGUGGCAUCAUCAGCAGUGAUGGCGAGAGCAACUGAGCUCCCCCUGUCCCCAGGAGGGACUUUGCACUUGUAGAAAGCAUAUACAGCAUACCCACCCCAACUCUGCCUGCAGAGCAGAAGCAGCUUUCUUCGGAGAAGACUCGCAGCUCCCAGGGACACAAGUUAUUGGGAUUCUACUUCUCAGCUUCACAUUCCCAGUGUAAAGUGUUUACAGGGAUUUAUUUUUGAAGACUCAAUAAAGGAGUGUUUGAAUCACCUCAUCAAAACUGGUCCCCCACUCUCACCCCCUGUACUUUGGUCCAGGAAGCUGAGGAGUAGCCACUGUCCCCCUGAUCUGGUUCCCUUUAAUUUCCCCCAGAUUCUCCAAAGAAAGUCCCAGCCUCCUGACCCUGCCAUCCAGUCUGCCACCAGGCUUGAUUCAAAAAGAGUGUGGCUGCUUUCUCCAGCCUGACCAGUGGGCCCCUCUGACCACCCUGCUUUUAUUUAUUUACUUAGGCCACGCUGUGUGGCAUGUGCGAUCUUAGUUCCCCAAACAGAGAUCAAACCCAUGCCCCCUGCAGUGGAAGCAGGGAGUCUUGAUCACAGGACCGCCAGGGAAGUCCCUGACCACCCUGCUUUUAGUUGUCUGAUAACCUAAAGCUUAGUUGGGAGGAAGAUCUGAAUAACUGGCCUUAAGAAGAAUGUGAAGCACAAAAUGAAAGGUCUUGGGAACAGCUAUUGUUUAUGUCUUUCUUCCCCUUUCU